UCGAUAUUGCAUACAAAGGGCUUGCAGUAAAAUCUUCAACGAUUCUGAUUAAUAAUAAAUUUUGACUCUGAAAAAUUUGUGUUAAUUAAAGGUCCCAGAAAACAAUGUCCGAUUGCGCUGCAACGACUAAUACCAGUGACAAGAUGGCCAGCUUAUUGAAAGAGGCAGAAAAUUUAAAAAUUAAACUAGAGGAGGAACGUGCAAAGUUAAAUGAUAUUAACCUAUGGACAGUAGCAGAGCGACUCGAGCAAAUCGCUUUUGUAAACAUUAAACCUCGCAAAGUACUUAAAGGUCAUCAGGCUAAGGUUCUAUGUACCGACUGGAGUCCAGAUAAACGCCAUAUUAUUUCUUCAUCACAAGAUGGACGAUUAAUUAUCUGGGACGCAUUCACUACAAAUAAGGAGCAUUUUAUAACGAUGCCCACUACAUGGAUUAUGGCUUGUGCCUACUCACCAUCAGGCAAUUUUGUUGCAUGUGGGGGUUUAGACAAUAAGGUUACUGUUUACCCUAUUACUUCAGAUGAGGAAAUGGCUGCCAAAAAGCGAACGGUUGGCACGCACACCAGCUACAUGUCGUGCUGCAUUUAUCCAAAUUCUGAUCAGCAAAUCCUUACAGGUAGUGGGGAUUCAACUUGUGCACUAUGGGAUGUAGAAAGUGGACAGUUGUUGCAAAGCUUUCACGGCCAUUCUGGUGACGUUAUGGCGAUUGAUUUGGCGCCAAAUGAAACCGGAAAUACAUUUGUCUCCGGAAGUUGCGAUCGAAUGGCUUUUAUUUGGGAUAUGCGGUCAGGUCAUGUUGUUCAAUCGUUUGAAGGUCAUCAGUCAGACGUGAAUACCGUCAAGUUUCAUCCCAGCGGGGACGCAAUAGCAACCGGCUCAGAUGAUAGUAGCUGUCGCUUAUUCGAUAUGCGUGCGGACCGGGAAGUGGCUGUAUUCGCAAAGGAGAGUAUCAUAUUUGGCGUUAACUCGGUAGAUUUUUCUGUAAGCGGACGACUGCUGUUUGCAGGUUAUAAUGAUUACACAGUCAAUCUCUGGGAUACGCUUAAAUCUGAGCGUAUAUGUCUCCUCUACGGACAUGAAAAUAAGGUAUCGUGUGUGCAGGUUUCGCCAGAUGGUACUGCACUAUCUACCGGCAGUUGGGAUUAUACCAUACGCGUAUGGGCCUAAUUCACGUCGAAAUGUGAAAUGUUAUAUAAAUAAAUUAUAUAAUAGCGAUUUAUUGUUGCCAUUAAAUUGUACACAAUGAGAUUAAAAUUUGAAUGUUACCUAUUUGUUACUCGUAU